AUGAUUCUUGGCCUCGCACACUUCUGUGAACAACAUGGCCCUUCUAUUGUCUUCUGCACCCAAGCUAUCCCUGAGGAUUACGCUGGGCAGACAGGCUUGACACCAUCGACGUCGACAGCAGCUGCGACAGCUGCGAAUUCGACAUGUGCGGCAUGUGCAUUUACUGUACCGAAAAGUCUCGGACUGACGACAACCGAUGCCAAAGGCGUGGCAAUCAUUGCACCGCCAGUAUUGAGAACCACGGAUCCUGAGUCAGAUGCGUCUGGUGGAAAAAUGAACUACAUGUCUAUGCGGUAUCCGAAGAGCCAUUUGAGGUAUACGGCGCUCAGACAGGCAUGUGUGAGAGGAUUAUCCUGUGAACUGCUCCCAGGACGGUCCGGUCCGGUCAUGUUCGGCGACCCAGAAGCAGGAUAUGCAAUUGCGCAUGUAUUCCGCCUCCCGGAUCCCCGUGCUCGCGGUUCGAAUCGCUUUUAUUCCCUCAUCGCGCUGUUCGAGGACGACGCCGCAGCUGCCGCGGCAUGGACCUUCGUCACCGAACGAUUUGCGGCGCUGGUAGAACACAUCAGAUCAAGAGCAAGGACGGCCACAACCGCGCAGUCUACUACACAAGGCAUUGGUACACGUCCAGAGGGAUUCCUGCGGCGGAGAGAAGGUACUACGAUACCGAGAGGUCUGCCUGAAUUGACGGGGUUGGAUGAUGUUUUUGUACAGAUGCACGCCAGUUUCGCGUGGAUGCUUAGUAUACUGAGGAAGAGAUGGGAAGGACCGGCAGAGUAUGAUUCGGCGGUUACCGAGAGCACGAUUGGCCCGGGCAAGGACGGUGAAGUGGGUGAUAUUACUUAA